AAUAUAAGCAGUAAUAUGUUUCAGAGAAACAAAAGACGCACAACUACUCUAUUUGAUAUUUCUUAUUACAAAGCAUUUAAAAAAUAUUUAUUAUUCUUGGGACAGUUUCCAACUCAAUCACGAUGGAGCAGCAAAUUGAAUGUAACCGUAAUAACAGGAACUUUAUUGACAUUCUAUUGUCCAGCGUUUGAAAAGAUGUUCGAUAUUGUAAAGGAAGACUGGAAAUUGUUAAAUAAUAGAAAUCAAGCGUGCAUUCUUGAGGAAAUUACUAAGCAAGGAAAUAAAAUUGGCGAAGUAUACAGAGGUAAACUAUUAUAUUGCUGA